AUGUUGAAAACCUUACCUGUCAGGAAAAGUGUAGUUUUACCUUUUCUUUUCAAUGGAUUGAAGCGUUCAUGUUAUUCCACUAUCAUUCCACCAUGGAAACCUCUUUCUUCAGAAGAUCAAUUGAAAAAAGCCUUUGACGAUGCCGACUAUUGGAACAAUCUAACCUCAAGAGAAAGAGGUUAUAAAGAAAAGCUGCUGUCAAAGUUUACCAGAUUGCCAGAAGAGAAGGGUUUAUUUCUAAAUCCUUAUUUGACAAGUCCGAAAGGUUUGAAGGAGUUCAGUAAUAAAUCACUAGAAAAGGCACGCUCUUUGGUUGAUACUAUGAAAAAUGAUAGAUCCUUCAAAGGUGAGAUGGGUUUCAUAAUGAAUUUGGAUAGACUAAGCGACACGCUUUGUAGGGUCAUCGACCUAUGUGAGUUCAUACGAUCAACUCAUCCUGAUGAGGCAUUUGUUAAGGCAGCACAAGACUGCCAUGAACAAAUGUUUGAAUUUAUGAAUGUGCUAAAUACGGAUGUUGUUUUAUGUGAUAUCUUAAAGCAUGUUUUGAAUGACCCAAAUAUUAACUCCAAAUUAACUCCAGAGGAGAUUAAAGUUGGAAAGCUGCUAUUAGAGGACUUUGAAAAAUCUGGGAUUUAUAUGGACCCUAAUAUAAGGAAACAAUUUAUUUCUCUAUCACAAGAAAUCAGUUUAACAGGACAAGACUUUAUUAAUAAUAUUGACUUGAUCAAAUCCAAUCAUGUAAAAAUUAAAUGUUCAGAGCUAAAUAAAAGUGGGGUUAACAGUUUGUUGUUAAAACAGUUACCUAAGGAUAUAACGGGAAAAUAUUAUAAAAUUCCAACAUCAGGAUACAUUCCCAUAUCAUUAAUAAGAAGUUGCCCAGAUGCAACAAUAAGAGCAAAAGUAUGGGCCUCAUUACAUAGCUGCCCCAACGAUCAAAUCAGGAGAUUAACACAUCUGGUCAAAUUGAGAGCUAUCUUGGCACAUCUCUUAAACAAAUGUAGUUUUGCAAAAUAUCAAUUAGAAGGGAAGAUGGCGAAAACCCCACAAAAUGUUCGUGAUUUCAUUAAAACUUUGAUGGAUUACAUGAGACCAAAAGCUGCCCAAGAAUUGAAAUUUAUGGCCGAUCUCAAGUGCAAAGAGUUAAAUAUUCCAACAAGUGAUAGCACAACUGCAAUCUUAGAUUUGAUAUCGCCAUGGGAUCGUGAAUACUACACAACAAUUCAUUCAAAAGCAAAAGACGUUAAUCUUUAUGAAAAUCAUCCAAUAAAUAUGUAUUUUACUAUGGGGAACAUAAUGAAGGGUUUGUCGCACAUAUUCCAGAGGAUUUAUGGUAUCCGUUUGGAAGCCGUGGUUCCAGAAGAGGGUGAGACAUGGUCGCCCGAGGUAAGAAGACUAAACGUAAUAUCCGAAACAGAGGGAUUGAUUGGAGUAGUGUAUUGUGAUUUAUUUGAAAGGGCUGGGAAGACAUCAAACCCCGCUCACUUCACAGUUUGUUGCUCGAGACAAAUAUAUCCUGAUGAAAAUGAUCUUUCUACCAUACAAAUUGGUACCAAUCCAGAUGGUACAGCAUUCCAACUACCUGUUAUUUCUCUUGUAUGUAAUUUUUCAUCAACUUUGACAUCAAAUGAUAAAAUGAUAUGUCUUUUACAACUAAAUGAGAUUGAAACGUUAUUUCAUGAAAUGGGACAUGCCAUGCAUUCCAUGCUUGGGAGAUCAAGAUUGCAAAAUGUUAGCGGGACAAGAUGUGCAACAGAUUUUGUUGAGUUGCCUAGUAUAUUAAUGGAACAUUUUGCUCGUGACAAGAGAGUUUUACACGAAAUAGGAUUCCAUUAUGAAACAAAUGAGAGGGUAUCUGAAUAUGUUAUUGAAGCUCAUCUUAAAAAGAUGAAAUUUUUACAAGACUGUGAAACCUUUUCUCAAGGGAAGAUGGCCAUGCUAGAUCAAGAACUCUAUAGUGAAAAUAUUAUAAAAGAUCUUGAUCAUGUCGAUGUGGUUAAAAUAUAUCAAACUUUGGAAGAGGAUUUAAAAGUACUCGUUGACAAUAAGAGUAAUUGGUGCGGUAAAUUUGGUCAUUUAUUUGGUUAUGGUGCGAGUUAUUAUAGUUAUUUAUUUGACAGAGCCAUUGCAUCAAAAGUUUGGGAUCAAUUAUUUGCAAAAGAUCCAUUUAGCAGAGAAGGUGGUGAAAAAUUUAAAAAUUGUGUUUUAAAAUGGGGAGGAUUGCGAGAUCCUUGGCAUUGCAUAGCCGAUGUACUGGAACAACCAGAAUUGGCAAAGGGUGAUGCGAAUGCGAUGAAAUAUAUUGGACAAACAGAAGGUUUGUGA